CAUUCUCCAGCACUCCAAGUCUUACGGCAUUGGCCAGUCAGUCUUUGGUCCAGUGUGGGGGAUAUGUGGUGGUCUUUCAUCAAGUCUCCAAGGGGUUUGGAGUUGGUGGCAUCUUGGACACCUACUUAGCUCCCUGAAGUCUGUUGCGUUAUCUUGGAGUGCUUUAGUGUGCUGAAACACAAAAAAGCAAGAGCAGCUGGUGCGAUACCAGGUGGCUGUAACGCACCUCCCAUGGAAGAGGUGAUGAACCAUGCGGAGAACCUUGGUUGAUUCACUGGCUGUGGCUGCUGCUGCUGGGCAUACAAUUGUCAUUGCUGGCCCAGAGCUGCAGCUGCACCAUCCCAUCAGGGCCUGAGGAUCUUUCAGUGAGCACUGCUCUCUGGUCCAAAAGGGCACUGCAGCACAGGCUAGUGCUGUGAUUUUAGCUCACGUGCUGUCAUAUUUGCUUUCCUAGUGCUGUAGAAUAACAGGCUGUCCUUGACGCUGGGCACUACAACUUUUCCUUACCUCUCUUGGUAUUUGCAGAGGACAUCAUUUCCUUCACCUCAGUCCCCAUUGCCCAGGAUCUUGACUCCCAAAAAUAAGGUCUUGAACUGUUCUUUUGCAUUCUUUCCUCUCUCCUCUGUGAUACUUUAACACCUUCUCCCUGUUUGGCAGAGAAACUUGGCAUACCAUGUAGCUUGUCAGUAAUAACCUGUAGUUCUUCCUACCAACCUAUUAACUCUACAUUCCCUACAUGGAAGUGUCUGGCUGUGAUAGGUAACCAUGCUUUUUCUGGCUGGCUUUGCCCCUUGUCCUGCAAGUUGCUAGGUGGAUUUCUGCUAAAGAAAUUGUGAAUUCUUCCAAGAAUCUGAUGGUACCAUAGAGGACCAAGCAUUUGGCUGCUCCCUGUGCCUGCUCGUCCCAUGUUCAGAGAGCUCUUUGGAAAACAGAGAGCCAUUAAUUACAGCCCUAGUGAGAUGGAUUAAGCUGUCCUCUCUUCUGAGAGGGAUCUCCUCAGGGCUUUUUUAGUGGUUCUGUCAGAUGUUUCUGCAUUUCUACGUGGAGCAAUUAAUUACUCAUCACAUAUAAUUUGCCUGCUGAUUGAGUGAGAUCUUCCACAAGAUAUGGUGGAAGAGCAUAAACCAGUUGACGUUCCACGAUGCCUGGCAUUUUCUUCCUGCUUUAAUUUGGCAUCUGACAACAGCAAGGCUUGUGGAGGUCUCAAGAAAGGACUCUUCUUUCCAAAGCACUUCUCUCCAACCCUUGAAUCCCUUUGAAUCCCUGGGAUCUUUGCUAUUCCAAUGGGUAUUUUGUGGCAGUUGGUCCACUUUGCAAGUCAUCCAUCUGCACUGGUGCUAGGCGGUGUUACUGUCUGCCAUGGGGCUUUGCAUUUGCGUUGACCAGAAUGGAUAGCUGGGCAGUGUUAAUGAUUUGUCCCCUAGCUCUCAUUAUCUAGAUACUGAGGGAAUCACUGAACAUCUUGGAGUGGAUUUGCUUUCUCUUUCCCAGACGGAGGUUUUGAUGCCUUUCCUCUCUUCUAGCUACCCGCCACGGUGCAAUCUGCCCUCCGGGGGAAAUCCCGGCUGCACUUUCUCAGGGGCCGGAUGGGGGACCCACUCUCUGGAUCCAGCCGUUCAUUGUAGGGUGUUCUGGCACCCAGUCAGGUCCAUACUGCAAGCACCCACUGUGGCUGUGCUUUGGGGUGAUGGGCAAAGAGGGAAAAUUGCUGUGGCCAGUGGUCCUGAAGCAGCCUGGCCAUGUUCCUGUCGCUCAGAGCUGCAGUUCAUCCAAGCAGCUGGACAUGGAGACAUCUCUGUCAUUGGCAUUGUUCUGCUUCAGCAAGGUGGGGAGAGUAAGUGGCUUCUGCUCAGGCAAAGUUUGACAGUGCUGAGCUGCCCCCAAUCCUGCAGGUCCUUAGUUUUCACAGAUGGGCUGACUUUUCUGUAUGCAGAUGCAAACUUGAGAGGCAGCAGCCAUAUCUUGACCUUGCAAGUGCUGCAUCAAUAUGGCAGAGAUUGCAUUUCCUGAGGCACCUGUUUCUAGCCUAAUGUUUCCUAGGAGUUGUCUGGGAGAUGUCAGCAGCUCCUCAGAAGCUCCUGACUUCAGCACUGUAGGAGACCCUUGCCUCCCUGAGCCCUGCAUCCGAGCCCCUGGUCCUUUGAAGCUUGGAAUGUUUUCUAUAUAAGUAGAAGAAACUCUGGGCCCAGCUUUGUGAGUUGAUGGCAGGGGUGUCCAUAGCUGCAGCCCAGCUCUCAGGUGGAGACAUGGCUUUCAUCAGGGUCCAGAUGUCAGAGGUACCUUUAGUGGCCUCUGUAUGUUCAAGGCCCAUAAUUUCCAGGAGGCUGCUGAUGGGGCCCAUUAUCUAGCUGCUCUUCUCAUCCCUUGUGUGGAAUUUGCAGCCACUGCACAUUUGUAUUGCAAGAGCCUGGAUUUGGGAGAUGACUUUAAUUAGCUUAUGUCUCAGCUGGGACAUGGAGGUCUCUAGAGUGUGAAGAGGUCCCCUUGGAAAUCAUCAGAGGACCAGAAUCAGAUAUGGGUGGCCUAUGUUUAAGGAAAGGACCUGCAUGGACCAGCAGAUUUUUCCUCUAGAUUGGUAGUUGGCAAGGCAGAAACAAGCCACAGGGCUGGUCUGGCACCUCCCAAAUGCUUAGGAGUGUUUGCUCCUCCCUUGGAGCUUACUUCCUCCUCCCCACCCCUCACACUGGUAUAUAAGGCCCCCUCGGAGCAACCUCUGCACAACGCAUCCCACUCCAGUGAGACAGACAGCAAGCUGCACCUCCAGUUCCAGCACCUCUGCUCUUGGUGAGAGUGAAUCCAAAGACCUUCAGCAUGGACCGAUGCAGAGUUCAGUGCCAGACGUACAUAACCUGCCCAGAAGUUGUGAAAGGUCCCAGAGAGGAGCAUGCAUACGUGACCUGUACCUACAGGGAAACAGGCAUUGACCAGCCUGACUUCCUGGCCACCAUUGAUCUUAACCCCAGAUCUCUACACUAUGGCCAGGUGAUCCACCGCCUGCCCAUGCCCAACCUCAAAGACGAGUUGCAUUGCUCAGGGUGGAAUGCUGGGAGCACCUGCUUUGACAGUAUCACAACAAGAAGGAACAAGCUGAUUCUUCCCUGUCUGAUUUCUUCCCGCAUUUACGUAGUGGAUGUGGGAACACAGUGCCGGGCUCCCAAACUGUACAAGAUGAUUGAGCCAGUGGAUGUCUUCUGGAAGUGUAACAAGGGCCACCUCUGUGUAGUUCAUAGCCUGCCUAAUGGUGAUAUCCUGAUUUCCAACAUGGGAGAUCCAGCUGGCAAUGGAAAAGGUGGUUUUAUUGUCCUGGAUGGAGAAACCUUUGAGCUGAAGGGGAACUGGGAGAAUGAGUGUGGAGUCCCCCCCACUGGACAUGACUUCUGGUUCCAGCCACGCCACAAUGUUCUGAUAAGCUCUGCUGGAUUAGUCCCAAAACGUGCAGGACUUGGGUUUAAUCCAGAUGACCUGAAGAAAGGGGUCUUUGGGCGCCGCCUGAAUGUGUGGAACUUGUCCUGCCGUACCCUCGUCCAGUGCUUUGACCUGGGGGAGGACUCUCUGCCCCUGAGUGUUAAAUUCCUCCACAACCCCGAUGCUGCUGAGGGAUACGUCAGCUGUGCCUUGAGUGGCAUCAUCUAUCGCUUCUACAAGAACGAGAGAGACUGCUGGGCAGUAGAGGAGGUGAUUAAGGUCCCAGCGAAGAAGGUGAGAGGAUGGAUUCUCCCUGAGAUGCCAGCUUUCACAGCCAACAUCAUCAUCUCGCUGGAUGACAAGUUCCUGUAUCUCAGCAACUGGCUGCACGGAGACAUCCGCCAGUAUGACAUCUCCGAUUCCUGCAACCCCAAGCUGGUGGGACAGGUGUUUGUGGGAGGCAGUAUCCUCAGAGGUGGGCCUGUAACUGUGUGUGGAGAUGAAGAGCUGAAGUGUCAGCCAGAGCCCUUGGUAAUCAAGUGCAAGAGAGUGUACGGCGGUCCUUACAAAAUGCAGCUCAGCGUGGAUGGCAAGAGGCUGUAUGUCACCAACUCUUUCUACAGCACAUGGGACAAGCAGUUCUACCCAGAAGUGGUCAGGGAAGGCUCUGUCAUGCUGCAGAUUGAUGUGGACACUGAGAAUGGUGGCCUGACUGUGAACAAGAACUUCCUGGUGGAUUUUGGAAAGGAAGCCUGUGGGCCUUGCCUUGCUCGUGCAAUCCACUUCCCUGAUGGAGAUUCUACCUCCAAUAUCUUAGCCUAGGCCCCAUGUGAAAGACUCUCUUCUUCUCUCUUCCCUUUAGUGCAGGUGUUAAAAGAGUGGUGGGUAACUGGGUUGGGGGUCCCCAUGCACUACUGGAAUCUAAAUUGCUGUUAACAUAAACUAUAGAAGCUCUGCUUUGUUGGGAAGGUUUGAUUCAGGCAGAUGAGUGAACAAAGUCACAUGGCCUGGCAUUACAGUCCUUGCUGGACUGUGUUUCUGAGCCGUGAGUCCAGGCACACUUUGUGUUCAGUGCAAGGAAAUCCGUGGGCGUAGUUCAGAGACCAGGGCGCUCAUUCAGAUCUAGAGCUCUGCAGCACAUGCCGUCUUUCGGCAGAGCCCCGCGUACCCACCGUUCCUUGCUUCCUGGCUACAGGCCUGUCAGAGGGCUGCCCUGACGUUUCCAGCCUGUUAGCUACUGCUAUACCAGUGCCUGGUGGGAAUCUGUUGAUUUGUCUGUUGUGAUCCAGAGUUUGCUCACGUUUGAAGGCAAACCAAAGUCAAGCACCCACUCCAUUGGAGUUACUGUUCUUCAGCCAGGCCGUUCCUGAAUAGUCUUCCCCUGGCAGGAGAGCAGUUUUGACUUGUUUGCCAAGAGGUUGGGCAGAGGUUGGGCCAAGCACGUUAGAGCUGGAGGAGGGUGUGCAUGUACUCUAGAAAGAGAUGCCUGUUUCCUGACACUGCUUUGUAUGAUGGUUUUUUGAAUUCU